GUCAAUCCUAGGCUCUGCUCCAAGUAUAUUGCCCGUCUUUAUCUUCACGCCGCCCACAAGGGCCUGCCGCAGACAGCGAGCUCGAAUUCCGCCAAUCAAGCCGCAGGGCACAUUAUUACCCAGGGCCAGUCGAGCUCCCCCAGCCUGGAACGAUUCACUCUCUUCCAGCAGUGCAUAGCGUCAACUGUUCCUCUGCCUGUGUCGAACAAUUUGGUCUCUAUCAUGCGCUUCGGUUCCAUCUUUUCACUCGCAGCUGCGCUGCUGAGCGCCACCGUUCAGGCUUACGGUAAUCCGGGAGCCUGCUCCGGCCAGUGCUGGAGUCACGACCCUGCCGUUGUCCGUCGCGAUGAUGGCACCUACUUUCGUUUCGAAACUGGCAGCAAGAUCGGUAUUUGGAAGGCUCCCGAUUUGGUAGGCCCCUGGACCUACCAAGGAGCUGCCUUGCCAUCGGGUAGCAAGAUCAAUCUCAAGGGCAAUGAUGAUCUCUGGGCUCCUGAUGUGAACAAAGUUGGCGAUCAGUACAUUCUGUACUACACCGUCUCCUCUUUCGGCGUUCAAAACUCGGCCAUCGGUUAUGCUACCUCCACCACCAUGGAGUUUGGCUCCUGGACUGAUCAUGGCGCCACCGGGGUCGCUUCUUCAGCCGGCAGCCGCUACAAUGCCAUCGAUGCUCAGCUCGUCAAGUCCGGUAGCAACUACUUCCUGAAUUUUGGCUCCUUUUGGCAGGACAUUUUCCAAGUGCCUCUGAAUGCGGCUGCAACCAAAGCCAACGGUAAUCCAUACAACAUCAUUCUGAACACCACUGCCCCUCAGCCUGUCGAGGGUGCCUUCGUCUACGAGCGCAGCGGCACCUUCUGGGCCUUCUUCAGCUCAGGCUCCUGCUGCGGUCUCGACGCUAACCGCCCGACCCCCGGAAACGAGUAUAAGAUUUUCGUUUGUCGUGCCUCUUCUGUCAAUGGCCCCUACACCGACAAGAGCGGCAAGAGCUGCCUGGCCGGCGGUGGCACCCUUCUUCUUCCAUCUCAUAACAAAAUCUAUGCUCCCGGUGGCCAAGGCGUCUUGGUUGACCCCAAGCGUGGUGCGGUCCUCUACUAUCACUAUAUGAACACCGACGUUGGGUAUGCCGAUUCUCAAACUCUAUUUGGUUGGAAUGUCAUCUCGUGGUCCGGCGGCUGGCCUUCUGUCUAG